UAUCAAAACCAACUUAUUGAUAUAUCGCGUUGCUGUUUGGAAGAAUGAAACUGAACGGGGAUUCCAAAACCAGUGAUAAACCCUAUUAACAUUUGUUAAAGGACGUCGGAUAUUAAGGAAACAAUGUAGUUUUCGACCAUAAAAGUUAGGUUAUUCCCGUUAUUGCGGGACAGCGGUCGCUAUUCUUCAAAAGUGCGUGCCUGCGAUAUAUGGCGCACGUUAUAAAAGAAAGUAUUUCAAAAGGUGGGUCGAAAUAAUAAUAAUAAUAAACUUUUUGCAAUGAAUUAGGUUUAGCCACACCUAGGCGAUGCGCCGCACUGGGAGGCGCCAGUCCCGCGGUUGCCGUGUGAAGGUGCCGCUGCGCAACGAGUCCCCGGCUGUGUAAUUCGAUAGGAGCUUCGGCUGGGCUCCGCGGGGAAUGUUUGCCAGUAAUGGAGCAGAACGCAAUCCAGUGGCUGGGGUCUCCAUACUGCUUGAGAGGAUCCUUUGCCUUUUAUAAGUCCUUUAGCCACCAAGCUGAGGCAGGCCUGCAGCCAAGCGUGUGGAGUUUGGGCCAGUUCUUCUUUGUCCGCUUCGGACCCCAGGAGCCUGUGUGCAUAGCGGAGCUCACCCUUUUGUGGGAGGACCAGGCACAGCGCCACCUCCUGGCUAGUUCCAGGCUGUACUUCCUGCCAGAAGACACUCCCAAAGGCAGGACCGGAGAACACGGGGAGGAUGAAGUGUUGGCCGUCUCAAAGAAGAUGGUGAUCCGCCUGGAGGACCUUGUGAAGUGGUCCUGUCCCGAGUCACCCGGCUGGAAGAGGAACAGCCUGGGUGACACAUGCUGUAAAGGGACAAUCCCAGGGACGCACAUCUCCAAGACGUCUGUCAUGGAUGGAGCGAGAAAUAAGCCUCGGUCACCUGUGGACCGCCAGUGUGUGAAGGUUCUGAGUUACCCCCAGUACUGCCGGUUUCGCUCGCUGCGGAGGCGCAUGCAGGAUGGGGCGGGCUGCACCUCCCUGCAGGAUCCGCAUCUCCUGGCCCUUGGAGGAACAUGCCUGGGCCACCAAAAUACCUGGGUUUUCUACUGCAGGGACACCUUCAACCACCCUAGUUUGGAAAGCAAUGCCAGUGUCUGGAUGCAUCAAGGCUUCCUGUCUCUUAGUUUGAAGGGAAGACCUCGCAAAAGAAAAAGUUUGGAUGGAAAAGAGGCAGCGUACUACAGUCAGUCGAGUUCUUGGAUAGAGGCGAAGGAGAACGUGAUGGGUGGUGUUGAGAUCCCGGGUGAGCACCUCUGGCUCCCCCUCCCUGAGGAGCAGAACUUCCUGGACCGCCUCUACAUCUUCAUGGAACGAAGAGGCUCCCCCAUCAGCAAAGUGCCAAAGCUGGGCUUCAAAAAGGUUGACCUAUUUCUUUUGUUCUCCGUUGUCAAAAGACUGGGAGGAUAUGAGCGGGUGACAUCGCAGAGGCUGUGGAAGAAAGUGUACAAUGAGCUUGGUGGAAAUCCAGGAAGUACCAGUGCAGCCACGUGUACGAGACGGCACUAUGAAAAGUUGAUCCUACCUUAUGAACAGCAGAUGAAGGGGUCGCGCUCAGACAAGCCUCAGGUACUCGCUGCAGCUGGCUUGACGGUGGAUAUGACCCGGGGAAGAGGAGCACAGGCCCGGCUAAAGAUCAAGAAAGUGGCUUCCUCGGAAGGUGAAGUGAAACAAAGAGGCCCUGCCGCUUCACAGAGAAGAGGGCGACCCCGAGGCAGGGGCCGCGCUAAUACUGCGGCGAAAGCCCCCCUCCAGAAAAGCCCAGAGACCCACUCAUCUGACAGAGAGCUUCCGCUAACUGUUAGCCAGAAGCACUGUACCGGCAGCGUCCCUGAAGUCGAAGGGAUCUCCUCUGUAGAUCUGAAAAGCAGCUCCAGUUCUGAAGAGGUGCAGGGCUUUGCUCUCCAGGAUUCCCCAUUGACGCAGGGCCUUACCCCCCUCCCUUCAGGACCUCUGAUUACAACAGUGGAUCCAAGUGUCAAGAUGGAGCCUGUAAAUUGGACGUAUGCUUCGCCGCUGCCCACCCCACGCUUGGUACAUGUCAAUGGAUCUCUGUCUGACAUUGGCCUGUCAAAAGUAUCUCCACUUGAUCACCUCAAAACUCGUUUGGGUCUAAACUCCACAGCUGUCUUGGCCCCUCAGGGACCUGCUGUGUGCUCCCACAGCCCCACGGAACUUUUUUGCCUUACAAAUAAGACUGGCAACAGUCAGAACGGUCUCAAGUGGGAGAGGCAUCCUGGAUCUCCAUCAAAUGAUGGCACUCGCAAGUGUCAUGCAGACUGUGUGAGCCUGGACGGUUUCUGCAAGCUUCCCAAGCCGCUCAAGGUCCUCCCUUUGGACAUAGACUGUAGCCUUCAGGUGCGGCAUCUGAUGCACAUGCCCCCCGGCUCCACACAGCUCAGCUCAUUCGGGAAGAAGCUGUCAGAAGUCCUUGCACAGGACCUGAGUGACGCUUGCCAGACUCCCAGCCCUCACCCUGGCCUGCAGGAGCAGGUGUAUCCCCUUAACCUCAGCAUGCGCUCGGCUUCCAAGAAACCUGCUGUUGACCUUAGGUCAGACGUCUUUGAUACCUGCCAGUGUUCUGAUGAUCCUCCCUGUGAAGCCAAGGUCAACUUCAAGGAGUCUGUCAAGAAUUCAGGCCUAGUUCCAAACACCAAUGGCUGCCUUGUGGUGGCCUUGGCCCAGGAGACGCCCACAGACCUAUGCUUGCCACGACGGGCCAAUGAGUUGCUCCAUGGUCACGUCACCCAGCAAGAAGGUGCCACUUGUGGCCCGGAUCCUUCUGAAGUGGAUGUCCGUCCUUUGCUUGCUGUGGUUAAAGAGGAUUCCACUUUGGGAAGCUGCUCAAAUUCCUGUGAACUUCCUGCUCAGGUAAACAUGUAGACUAUGGACGAUCUGGGGAGAGACAGGUAAUGUGCACCACCCAGCAAGAGGACCAAGACCCUGGCAAAGGCUUUGGGGGCCAGACACUUGGAUCCCGCUACUCCCUCAAUCUUACGUCAGGUAUCAUACUGGAACACUCACUUUGGAAAUGGAUGGAUGUAUCACUCCACAUGUCUGUAGACCAGUAGUCUGUUGUCCCAAGGCAUCUGGUGAGAUGGGAGAUUCUGCAGCGGCGGUGAGGUGGAUAACAGCGAAUGCUCAGUCCUCCCAAAGCCGGACAGUACGUUUCCUGUUCAGGCAGACUAUUGUUGCAUAUACUCUUAUGGGCCAAUGCUCCUAAUACACGAACAGAAACAAAAACAUUUUUAUAUGAAAUGCUACCUGUGCAAUGAAGUAUUUUAACUGGUUUACUGCCAGUAUGACCAUGACUUGAUUUAAUAUGAUUUAUUCAUAUGUUACAGUUACAAGAACUCUAGGUUUGAUUAAAAGUCUUUUGAUUUUCUUUAUACAAGUCAAUGAGUGUAAAGCGAUUACCUAGACUGUUUAUAAAUAUUGAAAGACACAAUCACAUUUGUUCGGUACUAUACAUGCUGACUCUGUCCAUUCAGCAUGGAAAUACCCAUCACUGUAAUACUACUUUGCCAUAACUGUAUGAUCAGGUGGUUGCUCAUCUACUGUAUUUUACUAUAAUGCCAGUAUAAUACAUAAUAUCUUCUCUAGAGCUCCAAAUGCAUUAUCUUUAAGUAGUUAAGGAGCUAUCGUAAAGCCAGGACGUAAUACAUGCAGGACCGGUCUGUGAUUGUAUGGUAAUAUAGCUCUUUAAGAAAGUGAAUAAGAUUCCAUGAUUUUUGAGACUAGAAUUUUUGUUUUUUUUUUUGUCUAGAACUUAGUAGGUAGUUGGCUAUUUAAUUUCUGGGCAGUGCUUAGCUCUGACUGGUUCCUCUCCACUUGAAUAAACCAGUAUUGUCUUAGGUGGACAUGGUGAUUGGAUUAAUUUGUGUGCUUCAACCCAGUGAUGGAUGAGAGUGGGAUUCUUCUGCAUGUCCUUUGUCAUCUGUUUCCUUUGCAGUUGAUGGAGUUUGGCUAAUCGGCAUCUUUGGAUUGACCAUACGGCUGGUUGUGUGUUUGACUGGUUGCAUGUAAAUGCCCUGUGAUUGUGACUGGUUUCCCAUUCCGAGUUGACCCCUGCCAUCUACCGUAAGGCAACUUCCGUAACUCUGACCAAGGCAAGUGUUUGAAAGGUGAAUGGAUAACAUUAUUAGCUGCAAUCUUCAGAACUGGGUUGUUUUCAUUUGUACUUUCGUUAAAUACUUUAAAUAUUUAUUUAAUAUACGCUAAAUGAUUUAGAUAUUUUUCUCAUAUGUACAAUUAUUUGUGCACUUGAAUCUUUGGAUCCUGUUUAAAAAAUCCUUCAGUUUUAAUGCAUUAAAAGAAUGGUCUCAA